AUGUCCAACGUUUCGCCUCAGAUCUUCAAACUUGUCAAUCUAGCAGCUGGUUCGCUGGCCAGUUUAUCGGCUUUGACCCAAACUUCGUACUUGCUGAGCAACUUUCCAGCUUUUUUGAUGGCAAUUUACGCAUUGGGACUAGCUGUUCCUAUUGUGUACUUGGAAUUUAAAGUCCCUCCUAAUCUGUACAGGUUUGCUUCUUUCUACUUCAGUUUUAUCGGUCGCGGACUAAGCUUUAUCCUGCUGUCGCUGCUAUUGAGCUUCGGUGGUGCUUUAAAGAUUUUUGCCUCUUUGCUGCUGUUCUUAACGGGUGUAGCCUUCGUAAUUGUGGAAUUCGUGCCCAGCGUUCAGGAACCGGAUAAUUUUAGACCUGAGGGAAGUUCCAUUGCAGUAGGCGAGGACGCCGAUGACAUUAUUUGA